GCGGCCACCAGCACUUCUCAGCGCCUUCUGGCAGGCGGCGGCAGCCCGGGCACCUCCUCUGCGGCAGCCGCGCCUCGCCAGCCGGAGCAGUGCCGCAUCGCCCAAGUGGCCGCUCAUUGCCGCCGCUGCCGGCUGCCCUGUGCCGGCGGUGGGCAGCGUUCCUGCCGCCACCGACCUCGCACAGCUGCAGGCGCCUCAGCGCGCCCAGUGCUCUGCAACCCUGCGGCGGGCGGCAUGGGAUAACGCGGCCAUGGUGCGCCGAGAUCGCCUCCGCAGGAUGAGGGAGUGGUGGGUCCAGGUGGGGCUACUGGCUGUGCCCCUGCUGGCCGCAUACCUGCACAUCCCACCCCCUCAGCUGUCUCCUGCGCUGCACUCAUGGAAGACUUCUGGCAAGUUUUUCACCUACAAGGGACUGCGCAUCUUCUACCAGGACUCUGUGGGUGUGGUUGGCAGUCCUGAGAUAGUUGUGCUUUUACAUGGCUUUCCAACUUCCAGCUAUGACUGGUACAAGAUUUGGGAAGGUCUGACCCUGAGGUUUCAUCGAGUGAUUGCCCUUGACUUCUUAGGCUUUGGCUUCAGUGACAAACCGAGACCACACCACUAUUCCAUAUUUGAGCAGGCCAGCAUCGUGGAGGCGCUUUUGCGCCAUCUAGGACUCCAGAACCGUAGGAUCAACCUGUUGUCUCACGACUAUGGAGACAUUGUUGCUCAGGAGCUGCUGUAUAGGUACAAGCAAAAUCGAUCUGGCCGGCUUACUAUAAAGAGUCUCUGUCUGUCAAAUGGAGGUAUCUUUCCUGAGACUCAUCGGCCUCUCCUUCUCCAAAAGCUACUUAAAGAUGGAGGUGUGCUGUCACCCAUCCUCACGAGGUUGAUGAAUUUCUUUGUAUUUUCUCGAGGUCUUACUCCAGUCUUUGGACCAUACACUCGACCCUCCGAGAGUGAGCUGUGGGAUAUGUGGGCAGGGAUCCGAAACAAUGACGGGAACUUGGUGAUUGACAGUCUCUUACAGUACAUUAAUCAGAGGAAGAAGUUUAGAAGACGCUGGGUGGGAGCUCUUGCCUCUGUAACUAUUCCCAUUCAUUUUAUCUAUGGGCCAUUGGAUCCUAUAAAUCCCUAUCCAGAGUUUUUGGAGCUGUACAGGAAAACGCUGCCGCGGUCCACAGUGUCGAUUCUGGAUGACCACAUUAGCCACUACCCACAGCUAGAGGAUCCCAUGGGCUUCUUGAAUGCAUAUAUGGGCUUCAUCAACUCCUUCUGAGCUGGAAAGAGUAGCUUCCCUGUAUUAUCUCCCCGACUCCCAUAUCUGUUGUGUAUUCCACUUAGGAAGAAAUGCCCAAAAGAGGUCCUGGCAAUCAAACACUGUUUUCUCACAAAAGUCCACUUUACUCACAUUGAUGGAUCAGAAUAUAGAAAAAAGGCAGCAGAAACUCUGACAAAAUAGCCCACCUCAUUCCUUUGAUGUCUGAUGAAGUAUAUAGACUUGUCUUUGUGUUAUUAGGAAAUUCUGAUGAGCAUGACUUCUCAUGGAUGCAUAGAGACAGGCAUUAGACAUUCUUUUGCUUAGAAGACUUUUUAACACUUCUGUGGAACUUUCCUGAAGUAUCUGAAAGUGCUAAUUUCUGGCCCAACCCGAAUUGGAAUUCCACAGUAGAGAAUGAGGAGUGGGGCCUGUUAUCUCUCCUUAAAUGGCUUGAAGGGUACAUGGUUUUUAAAGUUCUCUAGGCAACAUAGUUUAAGUGAGAGUGAAUAUCCCUUGUCAUACUUGGAUUAGUUUCAUCAGCUGCUUCAAAUUAUAGACAUUUUGUUAAAA